AUGUGGUCUAUUAUAGCCUUUCUUGUCUUGGUCGUUCCCCUCGUGUAUUUCGUCAUUCGCUCCAUCUACUGCAUCUUUUUCCAUCCGCUAUCCGCCUUUCCAGGCCCAAAACUCUGGGCUAUUUCGCGCAUUCCAUGGAAUUAUGUCAACCUGCAAGGCGAUCUGGCAUGGCGCAUUCGUGACAUGCAUGUACAAUACAAUAGCCCUGUGGUUCGUGUCGCUCCCGAUGAGCUAUCGUAUACCACUGGCACUGCCUGGAAGAAGAUUUAUGGCUCUGCUCCGCCGCGCGAGUUUCUUAAAUGUCUUGACGGCCGUGGCAUUGCACCUGCAGUUGCCAACGGGUGCCGGAGCAUCGUCACUGAGACGCCCGAACGGCACGCCAUCCUCCGCCGCGCGAUUCAACCGGCUUUCAGUGAGCGCGCGUUGCGCGACCAGGAAGACUACUUCAGGGAUCACACCAACAAGCUAAUUGUACAGUUGCGGAGCCCAAAGUAUGGUACUAGCAAGCAGAAUAUGGCACGCUGGUUCAGUCUACUGAGUUUCGACAUUGUAAGUGACCUAGCGUUUGGUGAACCGGCUGGCUGUCUGGACCGUGCCGACCAGCCCUGGCUGGACGUUAUGGGGGCGCGUAUCAAGUCUAUUGUUUGGUACCAGCUCGCUGCGCACUACCACAUUGAAUGGAUUCUUAGAUGGACGGCGCCCAAGGCGUCCAUGGAGGCGCGGAAGCGGCAUCAAGCGUUGACUUUUCAGAAGCUACAGCGGCGCAUCGACGAGGAGCGCAGCGACAAGCGCCAGGGGAAGAGGAGGGAUUUCAUGAGCUAUAUCCUUGGUAAUGAAAUUGAGAAUCUGAGCAACGUUGACUUGUUUGGUAUGGCGAGUGCGUUGAUCGUGGCAGGUAGCAAUACGGCUGCGUAUACCAUGAGUGCAUUAGUCUUUUUUACUUGUCGGAAUCCAGAAAUUCGUUCAAAACUCAAUGACGAGGUGCGAAGCAAGUUCUCGAGCGAGGAUGAGAUCACGAUAGUUGCUGCUGGUGAGCUGUUGUACUUGAGGGCGUGUAUCGACGAGACAUUGCGCAUAUCACCUCCCAACCCAUCAACAUUACCACGAUGGGUUCCACAGGGCGGAGAAGAGAUAGAAGGUAAAUGGAUACCGGGAGGGAUGGCAGUAGGCGUGCACAAUCUGGCAGUAUGUCACGCUCCCUGGAACUGGCAUCGACCGCUUGAAUUUAUCCCCGAGAGGUGGUUGCAGACAAAAGAAGGGGAGUUUGCUUGCGACGAUCGGGGCGCAUCUCGCCCUUUCUCCUAUGGCAGACAUGAUUGUAUCGGGCAGAAUAUGGCAAUGAACGAGAUAAGACUGGCACUGGCCAAGGUCUUCUGGAACUUCGACAUCUCAUUGGAGGCCAAGUGCGAGGACUGGUGGAUCACGCAAAAGUCUUAUUUGGUUUGGGAGAAGAAGCCCCUCAUGGUUACGUUGAAGUCUAGGCAGUAG